UGUACAGUAUAUUUUACAGAUUGUAAUGAUGUCAUGUAAGAACAUCAACAAUGUUUCAUCAUCAGCCGAUACACGGAAAAAAUGGAAUAUGUUUGCAUUUUCGUGUCUAAAAAAAGAUUUUCAUGUAGAACUUUAAUGAAAACAAAACAAGAACCACAAUUAUAAUAUUUGCACGAAGAACUCUUAAAAUACUUAAUCGCUUGACAUUAGUAUUAAUAUUUAAUAUCCUUUGACAUUCAAAUGAAAACUUAUAGAUUUGUGGUUCGUUUUACGUUCUCAUUAAAAUAGAGUACGAAAUGCACGAAGUAUAUACGUUGCAUGCAUCUUUUGCUUCAAACAAUGCGAAUAGACAUAAAAUAUUAAGUUGACGAACUAGUGACAAGAUGAUGUGGUGUGUUUAAUCGCUAGAGUUAUCACGACUUAAUUAAUUAACACGCAUUAAAAUUCAUAAAUCCUGGAUAAUUUUGCAAGUUGAAGUUGUUGGGCUCCGUGAUGAUUAGAUAUAGGAAGAACUUCUGUUGACUUUUUACUUUUUAUUUUGCCGGCUGUAUUUAUAGGGAUAUAAAAAAACAAUCAUGGUUCCUAAACUGCUCAGGUCAUGUUUUUUCGCCGUUACAUGUUUCAUCCAAUUGUCAUCCUUAUCUCUUGCCCAGGGACCACCAAAGUCAGCAUGUCGACCAAUCGCAGAUGUCAUAUUUCUUUUGGAUGGAUCGGACAGUAUAUCCGAGCAGGAAUUUAGUGAACAGCUUCAAUUUGUACGAAGUUUUGUCCAACUUUCUGACAUCAGUCCGGAAUCGAUACGUGUCGGCUUGACUGUAGUCAGUAGUACCAUUGGCGACGAGUUCCCGCUAUCGCUAAACUCAACAAAAGAAAACUUGGUGCAAGUACUUAACAGUUUAAACCAACCACAGGAGGGGAGCAGGACCGAUCUUGGAUUGGUGGAAAUGGAACAAUUAUUUAACAGACAUGCAAGACGUGGUGUGUUACGUAUUGGGGUCAUUCUAACAGACGGACGGGCCAAAUAUGUCCGGGCAACUGAGGGUGAAGCACGAGUUAUAAAAGACGCUGGCGUCUUUCUAAUCGCCGUCGGUGUUGGUAGACUUAUCAAGUUCACUGAAUUAGAGAAAAUCGCAUCAACAAAAAGAAAUGCAUACAAUUUGGAACCAAUUGCUGAGUCAACUAAAUACCUCGCUGACACUGUCAACUUCCUCGGCAAGGAGGCGUGCACAGGUCAUAUACUUGUAAACGAGUUAGACAUGAAGCCCCCAGGAAGGGCUUCCGGAAGUAGCAUGGCAAAAAAGCCAGUGCAGACUUUAACGAGUAAAGCACCAUCAUUAACAACUAUACCGGCAGUGCAGAUAGCAGAUUAUUCACUGAUUGAUUUGAACACUUUAACUGGUGGAGUCAGUGGACAUAAUGUUAUGGGUGAUAUGCUUAAAGCAAACAGUCUUAUGCAAAUAAAGAACACAUUCGACGUAAAAAUGGAGCCAUUUGAAGCACUGAAAUCCAUAAAGUCUAAAAUUCCAAUACCACAGCCUGCAGAACAACUAAAAGAUGUUUUACAAACAAAGUUUGCAGGACCAAAUAUCAAUAUUCAGAUGUUAGGGCCCUCAAAUACAAAAAUGCCGUAUGUUUCCUACAAGAUGGGUGAUGGACAGAGAUCUUUCACAAGGUUUACGGCUCCUCAUUUAGUAAACACUCCAUCUCCUUUUUCGAUCAACCGCACAACGCCCUCGAAGACCACAACGUCUGCGGCUAUAAACAUCCCCGUUAUUAACACUACGCCAAAGUCGCCACCUACAACAAUAGCCGUCACUAAAUCUCAUGCAAAAGUCGUGCAGUCCCGAGAACAAAGUCCAACACCAAGCGAGACAGCGGAUAUGAUCAUUAAGUCACUGACUGCCAGUAAAAACACAUUUAAUGAUUUUCUUCUGGAUAUGGGUCCCGCGAAUGGAGUCACACCUAAAGUAAAACCUACUAUAGAUAUUUUUCCCGAAAUCACUCCUACGAGGGGUGUUGGUGUUGAAUUUCAAGGACCGACCGCUGCUGAAACUUUAGCAUUCCUUAAACAGGAAAUCACACCCCCGAGAACCUAUGAGGAACACAUGAACCCAAUUUUUCAAAUGUUUGACGUCACAGACCCAAAUAGAAAUACUAACUUGAGAACAAAAGCAGUGACUGUCCAACCAACUACGACGACAGUAUCACCAAAAGAAGCCUAUAAGAGGGCAGAAAUGGCCGCCAUGAGAGAUCGUUGCUCAAAAGGACGUUUUGUAGAUGGUAUUGCGUACAUAUCUAAGCCGGGAACAUGUUCUGAAUUUUUGCAAUGUUACAAAGAAGCUAAUGACUUACACGUUCGGAUCGCUAGAUGUCCUUUCGAAACCUUCUUUGAUGACGUACACUCUGUAUGUAGACAUCACGAACAACUUACGUGUUUGACAGAUCCGUGUGUCGACACUACUGUAACAUCCUACGAUCAUCCGGGCAGCUGUCGUGCAUACUGGCAUUGCGAAAGAAGAAGGUCCAGACCCGCAUGCUGUCCAUCCGGUACAUCAUACGUCCCUGGGUUUGGAUGUGCACGUAAUGCCACGUGUUCAGACACGUGCAUGGAUUUCGGAAACCUUAAUCAAGUCAUACAUGCAUCAAAGUGCAAGCUGCUGGCAAUGGAUGCUGAUCCUCAUUUUUUCUUCGAGCACGUGGCCGGCAUGGGAUGGGUAGUGCGCACGUGCGCACAGGGGUCAAAAUUUGAUCAGAUCCUUUGUAAAUGUAAAGGGGCAAAUGAAAUUAUAGUGGAUGUGUGCAAGCCAGAGUUGUACAUGGACUUCCAGGGUGGACUAGUAGAUGUUUCAGGGAACAAUCUCGCUAUGGGUAUAUACAAUGUCGAGUUGGACGGCGGCACGGGAGCAUUCUUUGGGAAAUCUCAUCUGAAGCUGUGGCGAUUUUCUGGAAUGUCUCUGGGACAGCACGUGACUAUUAGUUUCCGGUUCCGGAUAAGCGUUACAGCGAAAAAGGGCAGGUUGAUGCACAUAGUUUCGAACUGCUGUUACAGUUGUGGAGCUGAACCACAGCCGUCACUGGAUAUUGCUAUAAUUCCUGCGGACCAAGGAGGCGUGGCCGUGUUCAGCACUACGACAAAAGAAGCUGGGGAAAUAUUCUUAUUUGUACCCUUUAAAGACACUUUUACAGGUUGGAAUAAAUUAGAGUACAGAUACGAUGGUCAGAGUAUACGAGGUACAGUAAAUGGACAAUCUGCACAGAAAAACAUAGUCGGCAACAUACUGGGUAGGUCCGAGCCUUUGUUGAUCGGAUCAUGCGGGGUAUCAAAUGCUUACGACGGAUUUCUAGAUGAGUUCAAGUUCUACAUGUGUAACCCCUGAGGAAUACAGAUGUUAGAAAGUGUGGACUUUACUGAAACUGAAAUGGUGGCAUCGUCGGCAUGGAGCAGAUUAUUUGCCUCUCUUUUGAAGCCUUUAUAGUUAUAGUAUAUAUGAAGAAUGAGAACACUGCUCCAUACAUCAGGACAUGUGUAACAUAUCUUUGUUAUUUAAUUUUUAUUUCAUCAUGCAGUUAUUCAGUGUGUAAUAAUAGCAUUUUAUCAUAAAUGCUUGUCAUACUCAUUAAAUGAAAUGUCAAUAAAAUGUCAGCUAUCUACACAUUUGUAGAAGUAAGAGUCUAUUUAAAUUCAAAUCAAAUGUUUGAAAUAAAUUAUGAAUAUAAAACUGCAAAUGUAUUGCAGCAGAAGUGUCAAGUAUGCAAUGAUUUACACAUAAAAAUGAUGCAAAUAUGGUUAUCUCUAAUACCAUCAUUAGCACUUUCUAGCCAGAGCAGGCCAGAACUAUUUCGUCACUUAUGAUAUAUUGAAAGAUGGACUUUAUUUUUUUUUUUUGUAAAACCGUUCAUUUUGAUGCGUUGAAGCAUUUUUGUUAUCUGUAUAUAUUUAUUAUUAAAUGGUGUAAUGUUGUUUAUGUAUACAUUGAUAAUGAAAGAAUAUAUAUAUUAUUAUAUUAUAUGGAAUGAUUAUUUGAUAAAUGUUGCAUUGUAUUCAUUACAAGUAUGUCCGAAUGGU